GCAAUACUAUAGCGGUAGCCUUAUUUCUCUAUAUUCAUUUUAAUGCAAAAAAUGGCGGAUUGUGAGGAGGGCUUAGAGGAUAUCGAUCAUCCACCACUCGUUCUGAAGAUUGAUCCGCCCGAGGAGUUACUGGAAGAUUCUACCGAAGACUCAACGAUUAGCAAUUCAGCAGCACCAACUGAUCGGGAUACACAUGUUCAUGAUGAAACAAAAAACUGUACAGCAGAAUCUAAUGAUCAAGAAUCCACUUCAGCAGCUGUUAAGCCUCUUAAUAAGAAACAUUAUUCUGUGCUAGCUGUUUCAAAACUAGAAAAUUCAUUCGGUAUUAAUGAAUCUUUGAAUCCUGUAACUAGCAAAUCAAAGUCGUCUAUACUAAGACCGUCACAAUUAAGUGUGAUAACCAAUAGUUCUAUGGGUACUACUGACAAAACUGUUUUACAACCUGCAAAAUUUCGCAAUCCAUUUACAAAAACUAGUGACAAUUCUGUAGGUGAGGAUGAGUCCAUAACGAAGAACAAUAAAACCGAAACAACUAAAGAUUUUAAAAGUGAGGAAAAAUCUACAGAGGAUGUAAAAUUGAAAUUUUUGCCUUUGGGUGCAAGCACUAAGGAGAAUGAAAAUAAUAUAAAUAAUUCUGUGGCAUCCAGUACAUCCACUCCUAGUUUUGUAUUUGGUCAGAAUUUGAAAGAGCGUGUUACUGUUUCAAAUGAUAUAGAAAGUUCAAAUAAUUCCGAGAAAAAUGAAAUGAGAAGCGAAGAAAGUAAUGAAAAUGGUUCUGAACUUUUAUUCUCAAAUGCAGCUGCAAAUUGCCGUACUAUGGUAAGACCAGGUUUAACAUUGACUCAAGCAGCACAGGUAUUGGAAGAAGCUAAUCGUGCAAACAAAAGAAAAUAUAAUCAAGUGACAUUAUUAACUGGUGAAGAAGGAGAAACGAAUGUUCUUCAGAUAAAUUGCAAAUUAUUUGCCUUUGAUAAGAGUACUAGCAGUUGGCAGGAAAGGGGAAGAGGUAUGUUAAGACUCAAUGAUCGAGAUGAAGAAUCUCGUUUAGUCGGCCGUACUGCUGGAACACAACGUUUGAUCUUGAAUACAAAAGUAUGGCCGGGUAUGACCGCAGAACGUGCUGGAUCUAAAUCAUUAAGAUUAACUGCUAUGGAUGUUCAUGGGGAUAUUCGAAUCUUUAUUGUACAAGCGGCACCUAAAGAAGUCGAUCAACUGCACAGUCUUUUAUUACAGCGACUUAAACGCGCGCAAGAACGUCAUCCUAAGAAAUUGGCAACGGACCAUUGACAGCCAUUGACAAUUCUGGCGAGGCAUUAAGCAUCAGCUUAAUUUGUGCAACAUAGAAGUCAUUAAGAUAUGAAAGGAGUUAAAUUCUUCAGGAAUAUUAAUAAGACUAUUUAGUAUGCGCAAUAGAAUGGCUAUGAUUUGUGCCUUCCUUCAGAAGUUGCAGCUUUCAGUAGUUGCACCAGUAUUUAUUGAGAGGAGAUUAAGUUGUGGCACUUAAUACGAGUUUGACGCUCUUGUACACAUUAGAUUAUUUUUUUUUAAGAAUAUAAAAUCUGUUUA